UGGUCCUUGCGUAGGUAAAGGGACGAGCGCGGGCUGAGGCGAGGGGCUUUCUGGGGAGUCAUGGCGUCGCUCCACAGCGCGACUGCGGUCUGCGUGAUCUGUCUGGAGAAGCCGAAAUACCGCUGCCCGGCUUGCUGCGUGCCCUACUGCUCGGUCUCCUGUUUCCGGAAGCACAAAGAGCAGUGUAACCCUGAAACCCGUCCUGCUGCAAAGAAAGGAACAGUGACACCUGUAAACACAAGGUCUGAGGAAGACAAAGAUGACUCCUCUGUAGCUGACUUCCUCAACAGUGACGAAGAAGAAGACAGAGUGUCUCUUCCGGAUUUAAAGAAUUUAGGUGAGUCUGCAACUUUAAGAAGCUUACUGCUCAACCCACACCUGAGACAGAUGCUGGUUAAUCUCGACCAGGAUGACAACAAAGCAAAGCUGAUGAAAGCCUACAUGCAGGAGCCCUUGUUCGUGGAGUUUGCAGACUGCUGUUUAAGAAUCGUGGAACCUUCCCAGAAGAGGGAUUCUUAAGAGAUGUGUUCUUUGCUCACGCUGCCCACUGCUCCUCCUAGGAGGUUGUCUCAAGACCGUUCGUUCCAGGACAUGUGAUGGAGUCUUCGCCUGUCACACGGCUUGCCUCAGACAUGUGGGGGACCCUCAAGGUGCAGAGCUUUUAUGAAGAGGAGACUUGUAGCCCUGGAGUGAGGGCUCAGUGGUUAAGAGCACUGGUUGCUCUUCCAGAGGACCCCAGUUUUCAGCACCCACAUGACUCCUUACAACAACUGUAAUUACAGUUGAAGGGGCUUGUGAUACCCUCUUUGGCUUCUGCAGGUACUGUAUGCAAGAGCUACACAGCCAUACAUGCACGCAGAACUCCCACAUACAUAAAAUAUAAAAAAUUUAAAGCCACCAUCUAAAUAUAAAUAGCCAUGUUUCUUUUUUUAUUUCUGGUACAGUUCAGAGUUACAUCAUAAAUAUCAACUGUAUCCAUUAGAAUUAAAAACUGAUGUUUAGUAACUUAUGUUACUAAAGAAAUUUAAAAUGUGGUUCUGUUGUACACUAUAUUCAUUGUUCUUGGUAACAUUAAAUAAAUCAAUUUGUUAAAUAC